AUGUCGAUGUACCGAUUCGUGAAAGAGGGCAGCAGCAAGCGGCUGUUCGUCCAGGGCACCCUAGAAGGCGACGAAUCCAAGCCCCUGAAGUCGAGCCUGAAGAAGACUCAGUCGCCAGUCGGCUCGCCCAUCACGACCAGUCUGAACCUGGCCUCUGUGCCCAGAAGCCUGCGCGAGGGCUUGACCAAGAGCGAGACGGUUUACGACGGCAAGUACCCGGGCAUGGAGCGCCCGUCCAGCCAGCGCUCCGGCUCCUACCGGGAGGAGUACAGCGGCAGGGUCUACCACGACGGCAACCAGACCCACUUCGAGUACGACGCCGGCCAGAGCGCGCUCGCUAUACCUCUCUCCGCCGGCGGCAGGGGGAUAUCGGAGCUGCAGGCGAUCCACACGAACAAGCGCAUGUCCACCGAGGUGCUGGGCUCCUCGCUGGAGUCCACCAAGAUCUCGAGGAAGGACGACAGCGGCCAGAGGCGGAUAACCACGAGGAUAGUGAGGAAGGUGACGACGCUCACCCGCGGCGAGGAGAGAGCCUCCACCGAGGACCUCACUAGGAGCGCGAGCGAGCACAGGACGUCCGAACAUUAUAGAACCGUAGAGAUGGAAAGGCAUCCCAGGAGAGUAAAGAUUUCGGAUAUCGUUGUGGGCCAAGAGGCGAACGUCACCGCCCGCGAGGCGCUGCUCAGCUGGGCCCGCCGCUCCACCGCGAAGUACCCCGGGGUGAGGGUCGCAGACUUCACCUCCUCCUGGCGCGACGGGCUGGCGUUCAACGCGCUCAUCCACAGGAACCGCCCCGACCUGAUAGACUGGCGUAAUAUCAGAUCGAGGCAGGUUCGCGAGCGCUUGGAAACUGCCUUCCAUGUGGUUGAGAAAGAGUAUGGAGUAACCAGAUUGUUAGACCCUGAGGAUGUCGACACCCACGAACCAGACGAGAAAUCCCUCAUCACGUACAUUUCAUCGCUGUACGAGACUUUCCCCGAGCCGCCGGCGGUUCAUCCCCUAUUCGACGCGGAGUCGCAGCGCCGGGCCGCCGCGUACACCGAGCAGGCGGCGCAGCACCGCGCCUGGUUGCACGAGAAAUGCUCCCUCAUGCAGGACCGUGCUUUCCCGUCAACUUUGAUCGAGAUGAAAAAGCUGCUCAGCGAGAGCACGCGCUUCCGCAACGAGGAGGUGCCGCUCCGCCAGAGGGAGAAGCAGAAACUCUUCCAUCAGUACCGCGAGUUGGAGAAAUACUUCGAGUCGGUGGGCGAGUGCGAAGUCGAGCCGACUCUUCGGCCCGAGGCACUAGAGCAAGCGUGGGCGCGACUGCUAAUGGCGCAGCAGGAGCGCGAGCGAGACCUCGCAGACGAGAUUAGGCGCCUGGAGCGGCUGCAGCGCUUGGCGGAAAAGCUACACAGGGACAUAAAGCAGACCGAGUCCGGGCUGGAGGCGGUGGAGCGGCGCAUCGAGGGCGAGGUGCGCCGCGUGGAGCGCGGCGUGCACCCCGCCGAGGCGAAGCAGGCGGCCGAGCAGAUCGAGCAGGAGCUGCGCGCGAUGGAGCACGCGCUGCAGGAGAUGGCGCACGACUGCCACGCACUGCGCGACGGCCGCUACCCGCAGGCCAACGAGCUGCACCGGAGGGUGCAGCAGCUGCACGAGCGCUGGCUGAGCGCGCGGCAGGCGUUCACGGGGCGGCUGGUGGCGCGGCUGCCGUCGGUGCGCAUGCCGGUGCAGCAGACCACCGUGCGACGGGAGACGCGCACCGUGCUGGAGACCAGGGUGCACGACGCGGACCCCUCCUUCCAGCAGCUGCACGCCGCCACCAAGUGGUGCAAGGAGCGCCUGAAAAAACUGCACGAAUCGGACUAUGGCUCCGACCUACCCACCGUGCAACAAGAGCUCGAUAAACACCAGAGGGAGCAUAAACAAAUCGACCAGUUCCACUCAAAGCAACUGAUGUCUUCCCUGGAGAAGAGAGAGUUACAGUUCAGCAAUGUGAUCGAUCGCGGAGAGGCCCUGAUAGCUCAACACCACCCAGCCACGAAAACUAUCGAAUCUCACCUUCAGGUGAUGCAAUCGCAAUGGGCGUGGGUUCUACAACUGACGUUAUGUCUGGAAACACAUCUGAAGCAUACAACUCAGUACCAUAACUUUUUCGAAGAGGUGAAGGAAGCCGAGAAAUGGAUUCAAAAGCGCGAGGAGGCGCUGAACUCGACGUUCUCCCAGUCGGAGUUCACGCUGGACCAGGGCGAGCGGCUGCUGCGGGGCAUGCAGGAGCUGCGCGAGGAGCUGAACGGGCAGGGGGCGCUGGUGGCGCGGCUGGUGGAGGACGCGCAGCUGGUGCGCCCCGUGCGCCUCAGGCGCGCGCCCGUCACCCGCCCGCUGCGCGCCGAGACCGUCUGCGCGUACAAGCACGCGAACGUGGCGGUGGAGAAGGGGUCCACGGUGAGCGUGGUGGACAACUCGGGGCGCGUGCGGUGGCGCGUGCGAGUGGGCGGGGCGGGCACCGAGACCGCGCUGCCGGCCGCCGUGCUGGCGCUGCCGCCGCCCUGCGCCGACGCGCUGCACGCCGCGGACGCCCUGCGCGCGGCCUACGACCGGGUGAUCCAGCUGUGGCAGAGGAAGCAGCUGCGCAUGCGCCAGAACAUGAUCUUCGCGACCAUCAAAGUGGUGAAAGGAUGGGACUUCCCCCAAUUCGUGGCGAUGGGCGCGGAGCAGCGGCAGGCGAUAAGGCGCGCCCUGAACGAGGACGCGGAGAAGCUGCUGGGCGAGGGCGACGCCGCCGACCCGCAGCUGCGGCGGCUGCGGCGGGAGAUCGACGACGUGAACCGCCUCUUCGACGAGUUCGAGCGGCGCGCGAGGGCCGAAGAGGAAUCCAAGAAUGCUGCUCGUAUCUUCACGGAGCAGUCCUCCAGCCUGCUGGAAAGGCUGGAGGUGCUGGAGAGGCAGCUGCACGAGCGCAUCGCGAGCCACAUUCCACGGGACCUGGACUCUCUGGAACAUCUGGUGCUCCAACAUAAAGACUGGGAGACCAGCCUGCACACACUGUCAAGCGAUGUAGAAGAAGUACAGAACACGUUUAGAGGCAUCGCCCUUAAGACCCCGGCUAUGAAGAAGAGCCUGGACAAGGUCAUGGGCAAAUGGAACGACAUGCAGUCCAAGAGCCAGCUGUUCGUCGAAAGGUUGAAGUUCGUCGAGAUCGUGGUGAACAGCAUGGAGGAGAACAAUCAGACGAUAUCGGAGUUCGAGAUAAAACUCGCCCAAUUCCAAGAGCUGCCGAAUGACGUGGAAUUGCUGAAGGACAUGCACGAGGACCUGCUGCGGAUGCAGGUGGCCGUGAGCAAGCAGCAGGCGCUGGUGGAGCAGAUGAACGACGAGGCGGAGAACUGCAGGCGUCUGGUGGAGACCUCGCGCUCUGGUCUUCCGCACGCCUCGCUGCCGCGCGGGCGCCACUCGGACCUGGAGCGGCUGGACAAGGAUCUCUCGCACCUUAACGCCCGCUGGAACGCGGUCUGCACCCAGCUGGCCGAGAGGCUGCGCAGCUGCGAGGCCGCGUACCAGAUGCUGCGGAACUACAGCGUGGGGCUGCAGCAGGAGACAGACUGGGUGGACGGCGCCUACAGCCGGCUGCAGGCGCAGCCGCCGCUCGACGCGCGCCCCAAGGAGCACCUGGAGACCACCAGGGCUCUACUUACUAGUGUCGUUGAGAGGACACCAAAGAUAGAGAAGGUGAAUGUAGACGGCGGAAGAUUCAUACGCGAGGCAAAGAUCCACGCGUCGCGGUGCCAGCGCUACGCGGAGUGGCUCUGCGAGGAGGUGCACCCCUCGCUGGACGCGCGCCAGCUGCGCCGAAGGGCGGAAGCGGAGCGCGGCGACAGGCUGCGCCGCCGCGGGCUGGCCGAGCCUGUCGCCGGCGCCGAACCUGUCGCCGGCGCCGAGAUUGUCGCCGGCCAGCUCGACGAGCUGAACGCGAAGCACCAGCGGCUACUCGACAUGCUGUACGAGCGGCUGAGGCGCAUCGCGGCCGCUAACCCCGGCGACAUCGUCACACUGCGGCUCGUUGAGGCGAUGGCGCCUCGGUCGGCUCGCUCGUUCCGCCAAGAGUUCAAUAUGCAAGACGUUGCCACCACGGAGCAUACUUACACUACCUACACUACAGAAAAAUAUGUGAGGACAUCACAUUCGACGGAAAUAGACGGUCAUGGUCAAGUCAAAUCGAUGGCCAAUGGAAAAUUAACAUCGCCUUCUUAUCCUGCAAAGACUGUAAACACAGACGAAGACAGACCCGAUGUUAGGAAACUCAAAAGAGUACACAAAAUGUAUGAGGGGCCUAACAUAAUCGAAUCUAGAGGAAGGCUCCUGUCUUCCCCUGAAACGAGACAAACCAUGACAAUCGAGCAAGCAGCAAAAGAAGGUCUAAUCGAUCCGAAACUUGCUGCAAGGUUAACAGGACCAUGCGGAAUGACCGAAGAUGGAAAUGAAGUGACUCUUUUAGAAGCUAUACAAAGAGAACUUUACGAUGCGGAGCAAGGGCUGACAGACCCAGCAGAAAAAAGAAUAAAGGUAACUGUUGAAGGUAUGCCUGACAAAUUGGAGAUUUCUGAGGUUGAACAACAAAGUGUUUUUGAUGACCAAUCAGCUUUAGAGCCAGUUCAAGUUAUACCCGGGGUUAUAUUUGAUCCUGCUACUGCUUUAGUUAUUUCAACAACGUCAGGAAUAUCUGAAACUAUUUUAGAAGCUAUAGACCGAGGUGUGGUUGCAUCAAACACUGUAAAAGUCUUAGAGCCACGUACACAAGAAAGAAUAUCUAUUAAAGAAGCCGUAGAACGUGGAAUAAUUGACAAAAGAACAGGGGAAUAUAAAGACAUUUCCGGUAAAAAGUUAACAUUGUCAGAAGCAACGAAAGUCGGUUUAGUGGCUGUACUUGGCGCUCCAUUAGUUGCAGCUUCAAAAGUUAUUCAAGUUGUUAAAAAUACUAUGAUAGCGGACCCCACAACAGGGGAAAAUAUCCCUAUGGAAGUAGCGUAUGAAAGAGGUCUUGUGGAUUAUGAAACGUAUAAAAAAUAUGAAGACUCACUUAGGGACAAGUCGCCGGAAAAAGCAUCGUCUUCAAGUUACGUUGAACACUUACCUACAAAUGAAGUUCAUGAAAGAGGAUUUGUAGAUCAAAAUGUGCAAGAAAAAACCGAAACUUCUUCUGUGACAACGACAUCUACAGUAUCGAAAGUCAUCAUAACAAAGAUAAUGGAUCCUAAAACUGGUGAACAACUCUCAAUAAAUGAUGCAUACGAGAGAGGAAUUGUUGAUCCUGCCACCUAUUCCAAAUAUCAAGAAAAAGUCAGAAACAUUUCACCAGAAGAUCCGUCUAAAUUUAAAGAUAAGGAGACCACCUUGGACGUUAACAAGAAAAUAUUUUCCAUAGGACCAAAUAAACCAAUGUCUGUUGGAGCUGCUGUAUCUGAGGGAUUUAUAACUGUAGAAUCCAUACAAAAUAGUUUAUUAGCUGAUACAGCCUUAAAAGGUUACCACUCAGAUAAAAAAAUAAACUCCCAUCCAACAGAAGUAAUACAUUUAGAUACAAGUAACACAGACGUUCCCAGUGUUACACCUAAAUAUAAUAUCAAUGUUUCCAAAGAGAGUAGAAGUGAAGUUGUUGAAUCCAAACCAGUUAUAUUAUCUAAAAUUAGAAAACGUGUAAUUACUCCUAUGGAAGCAAUUGAAAAAGGUUUAAUAGACGAAGACACAGCAAAGCUAUUAAAUUCAGUUAAGGAAUAUAAAGAUGAAAAAGGCAUGCCUAUUACUCUGAAAAAGGCAAUUGAUAUAAGACUUGUUGAUGGAGACGAAGGCAGUAUUUUAGAUCCUGUUCAUGGUGAUUCACUAUCAAUAAAAGAAGCAAUUAAACGAGGUAUUUUAGACGAAGAAUGUCAAGACGAGAUAUUAAUACCAAUCGCCAAGAGUUUAUCGAUAACAGACAUAAUGCAACAAGGAUUAUGGGAUCCGACUUGUGAAAAAAUAAUACAUCCUGAAAAUGGUACGCACUUAACCCUAAGAGAAGCCAUUAUUUGUGAUAUUGUUGACCCACUUACCUCGGUAACAUUAGGACCUGGUAAACGUAUAACACUUACAGAAGCUAUUGAAAGGAAUUUAAUUGACAGCGACAAAAACUUUGUUCGGUCUGAUACAGGUGUUUUAGAUCUCUUGACGGCCGUAAAUGCGAAUCUUUUCCCUCAGUCUGACGACAAAAUGUUAGAAAAUAUUCCACCAGCGGCGAUGACUCUUUCAGUAGCAAUCCAACGAGGCCUAAUAAAUUCAACAAAAGGUGACAUUAAACAUCCACUUACUGGUGAAGUUAUUUCUAUAGACGAAGCUGUGGACAAGAAUUUAUUGAUGGGAAUUCCGUACCCGCAAACAUCUGAUACUAUUCCCCUCAAGGAAGCGAUUGAUAAAGGCAUCGUUAAUCUGAUUAAUUCUACUUUCACUAACCCAGAAACGAACGAAGUAAUACCUUUAGAAAAAGCAAUGGAACAAGGUCUGUUGGCUAUAAAACGUGAUGUAGACAUAUCUGAUAGAUGUGGCGUUAUUACAACUGUAACUGAAACGUUUACCUCUCAACAUACUGUAACAACUAAAAUGGUUGAACUUCUUGCAGAUUAUAUAUUACUUAGCGCUAGCGAAGUACAGAAUACAAAGACUGGAGAAGUAAUAUCUAUUGAUGAGGCUCGAAUAAAGGGAAUAAUAAGAGAUGAGCAAGUAAAUAAAGAACUAUUCCUAACUAAUGAUUCGAAUAUAAGUUUCAAUGACGCCUUAAUGUUGGGAUAUAUAGACUUAGAAAAAGGUACAUUUACUGACCCCAAUACUGGAGAAGUCAUAUCUGUAACAGAGGCUGUAAAUAGUGGGAUUCUAAACACUGAAGUUUUAUCUGAAAUUGCACACAAAAAAAUUACAAAGGAUUUAGAAAUGCUUGAUUUAUCUCAAGCAUUUGACACCUUGUAUGAUGAAAAAACCCAAAAAUUCAGAGAUCCUAAAUCACCAAAUAAUGUAUUAACAUUCGAAGAAGCUUUAGAAAAUAAAGUCAUAAAUCCUGAUUCAGUAAUUUACAAACUUGGUUCUGAUAAACCAAUGACUUUGCAAGAAGCUGUUGAGACGGGUGUUUUGGAUAAAAAGAGUGGCAAAAUAAAGGAACCAGGUACAGGUAAAUCCCUAGAUGUUAAAAAAGCAGCAAAAUUAGGUUUAUUAGCUGUUGUCGCUGCACCUGUACUUGCUGGCAUGGCAGUGGUUCAAGGCGCUAAAGCUGUCACAAGUAAAGUCAUAACCCCUAAAGAAAAAGAAGUUAUAUCUGCAAAUCUUACUAACGUUGCAUCAGAUCAGACAGAACUUCAUAAAGAAACUAUUAUAAAUAAAAGUGAUGGAGUUAAAAUACCUCCGUCGAAUAAACAGGAAUCGAAUCUUUCAAAAAGUAAAAUUAAUGAACGUAAAGUUGAUGAUAAAUCAAGAUCUUUGGAAGCAUUACAGAAAUCGUCAUUAGAAGAUAUAUCUAAUAAAAUCGGGUCGGAAGUUGUCAGCAAGGAAAAAAUAAGAAACGAGGAGUCAGCUGCCCAGGGAAGUAGGCCUGAAAUUAAAGUUAAUGAAAGAAAUACAGAUUUAGUCGCAAAAGAAAAUAUUUUACUAUCUCAAGACAGAAAUGUACAGGAAGUCGAUAUAAAGCAUUCAAGUGAAUAUUCUGAUAAAGACCACAAUGAUUUAAAAGACAGUCAAGUGCCUUGUACUCAAGAUCAACGUGAAAAUCUUCACGGUGGAGAAGUUACUUUAAGUAAAUUUAUUGUUUCGUCUAAACCAACGGAAAUUACAAGGGAACACAGUAGCACAGUAGUUACUAAAAUUUCUAAUGUUACAACAAUAGAAACGAAUCAAAAUCAAUCUUCUUACAAAGUCACGGAAGAGAUACAUAUACCUUCUAAAUCUUCCUCUGAUCAACAAUUUGUUGAGUUACCAGAUCAAACUGAUAGAAUAGUCAGUGAUAUAACUGAAGAUGUAAUAGCAAGUCAAGAUAUUCCAACACAAGAAUUGAUUUCUGCCGAUAGUAAACAACAUAUGGAAUAUCCUAAGGGGAAAAAUUUAAAAUCCAAUGAUAAGAAAUUUGGAAAUCAAAAUUAUGAAGGAGAUAUAGUCCAGAAAAAUAAAUUUGAUCAAUCUCUUAAAAUAACAAGUCUUACACAUGAUCCUAAAACAAAUAUUAUAAUAUCUACAUCGUCCGAUAUAGUGGAUAUUCCGACUGCACUUCAAGAAGGGGCAAUUCCAGUAGAAUCUAUUAAAGUUGUAGAUCCAGUAACUGGCAAUGAAAUGUCAAUCAGACAUGCGCUAGACAGUGGUAUUGUUGAUGAAGAAACGAGUAAAUUAUUGACGACUAGCGCUAAGUCCGAAUCACAAAAAGAAUCUUAUAAUGAAGAAGAUCUUAAAACUAAACUUGGUCAAGCUGUUAAACUAGGACUAGUUGCGGUCGUAGGAGCGCCAAUAAUAGCGGCCUCCAAAAUGGUUGAUGUUGUUAAAAGUUCGCUCAAAGAAGAUGAAGAGAAGGUUUCUUUAGAAGUGACAAAAAAAGAAGGUUCACAUUUACCGGAUCAUUCUGCUGAAUACAAACAUGAACAAGUUGUUUACGUUCGCGAACCUCUCACGUUUGAGCAAGCAUUGGAAAAUGGUCAUCUCAACCUAAAUACCGCCCGAUUUACUGAUCCACAAUCUAAAGAAGUAUUAACUGUUAAAGACGCAGCCACAUUGGGCUACAUAGAUUCAGACACAGCGCUUAUAAAAGAUAAUCUGAAAAAGAGAUUGGUAAAAUUACCGGAAGCAUUCCGCAAAGGUUUGAUGGACGCCGAAAAGGGCAACAUAUUGGACACAGAAACUUCCAAACUCAAUACUUUGUCUGCGGCUAUUGAUAGUGGCCUCCUCAUGACUCCGAAGAAGAGCUUCAGCUUGAUUGAAACAUUGAAUUUUGGUAUUUACAAUCCAACCACGGGAGCGUUAAAUGACCCAUUCAUAACAACGAGUGUAAUCGAUAGGAAGAGACUAACAUUGGGCGAGGCGAUCCAACAGGGAAUUGUAGAUCCGUCAAGUACUGUUGUAAAAGAACCAGAAACAGGAAAGAUAUUGCCAUUGACUCAAGCUGUUGAGCAACAACUUAUUAAUCCUCUCGAAGGCAGGCUGAUAAUUGAUCCGAAGAAAGGCAUUAGCCUCGAUUUAGUCAAGGCGCUAAAGAAGGGUUACUUGCUGCCAGCAGAAACAAGGCAAGCGGUUGAGGAGAAAUACAGGCUAUGCGAUGAUACGCUAUCGAAGCUUCUGGAAUGGAUCGCCGAUGUCGAGGGGAAGCUGGCGAACCAGGAGCCGGUGAAGGAGAGCAUGGACGAGCUCCGAAACCAAAUUAACCUUCUGAAGAUGAUAAAGGACGACCUGGAGGGCCAUCAACGCCAGGUCUCGGCCUGCGCCGAUCAGGCCAAACAGCUUCUUGUUUCCGGAGGCGAUGUUCUGGCGCCCCAUGAGGUGGCAGCCCUUGAACGCGGGGUGCGUCAGCUGAAACAGAGAUACGACAGGUGCACGGAGAGAUGUGACAAGAUGCUGCGAAGACUCACCGCCGCCAGGGACGAACUUGGAAAAUUCACGAGCGAGCUGAGCGCAUUCGAGAGCUGGAUGGAGGGCGCGUACCGAAGCCUGGAAGACAAGGAGGCGGCGCUCUCCAACCUGGACAAUCUGCCCGCGCACAGCGAGGAAGUGAGGGAGUUCGUCUCCGACGUGAUCGCCCACCAGGCGGACCUCAGGUUCAUCACGAUGUCCGCCCAGAAGUUCAUAGACGAGAGCAAGGAGUUCCGCGCGCGCGGCGACGGCGUGCGCGACGCGGCCGGCUCCGCGCGGCGCCGCCACUCCGAGCUGGCGGCGCGCGCGCAGCGGCUGCUCGAGCGGCUGCGCGCCGCGCACGCAGCGCUGCAGCGCCACCGCAACACGCUGCAGCGGGCGCAGCGCUGGAUGCAGGAGCUGGAGCCCCAAGUGCGCAGCGCCCUGGACGAGGCGGUAGGGGGAGAUCCCAGGGCAGUAGAAGAGCAGCUGCAGAGAAUCAAGGCCCUGCAGAACGAGAUCCUGGCCCAGGGGCGGCUGAUCGACAACGCCAAGGAGGCGUGCGAGCAGCUGCUGAACAGCCUGGAGGGCAGCGUGACGCCGUCGGAGAUCCGGCAGCUGGAGGCGCCGGUGGCGGAGCUGGCGGGGCGCUACCACCAGCUGGGCGAGGCGGUGGCGGCCAGGUGCUCGGCGCUGGAGGCGGCGCUGCUGCAGUGCCAGGGGCUGCAGGACGCCGUCGAGGCGCAGGCCGCGUGGCUGGCGCAGGCCGAGGACGCCUUCAAGGCACAGCAGACGGGCGCGUCGCUGCUGCGCGAGCGGCUCGACGAGCAAGUGCGCGAGCAGCGCGCGGCCCUAGCGGCCGCGGAGGCGCGCCGCGCCGCGCUCGCCGCGCUGCUUGAUGCCGCGCGCCAGGCGGCCCGCGCGCCCUCCAACGCGCGACUGGCGCGCAAGUUGGAACAACGCGCGGACGACAUCUACGCGAGAUACGAGAAGCUGGUCGAGCGGCUGGUGAAGCGGGGGCAGUUCCUGGAGGAGGUGGGCGUAGAGCUGGGCCGCUUCUCGCAGCAGGCCGCCCGCCUGGAGGCGGCGCAUGCCCAACUGCUGGAGAUCCCCGACUCCCGGCUGCACGAGCAAGCCGCCGCCAGGGACAAGCAGAUGCCGCUGCUCGAGGAGUGCGUGCGUACGGGCAAACAGCUGCUCGCCAAGAAGGACGUCACCGACACGCACGUCGUGCGUGACAGGAUCAAGGCCCUGGAGAGCCUGUGGCGCGACUUCAACACCUCGCUGGAGGAGAAGCAGAAGCUGAGCAAGCAACGCGCCGACCAGCUCAGCCAGUACGAGUCGCUCAGGACCCAGGUGGUGGAGUGGCUGCAGAGCAUGGAGGAGCGCGUGUGCCGGCUGCAGCCCGUGGCCGUGGAGCCGGACGCGCUGAGGGCGCAGCACGACGAGCUGCGGCCGUUCGCCAAGGAGCACCGCGACAUGGCCUCCGCCAUAGACAAGGUGAACGAGGCCGGGGCGAUUUACGAAAAUCUGACGAGAGGCGACCGGGCAGACAGCCCGCACAGAAAGAGACAGAUAUACAGCCCGACUAAGAGGCAAACACCCACCCGUUCGCUGGACGCCCGAUCCCCAUCGCCGGGUAAGGGGCACCUGGUGAGUCCAGGGUCCCACUCCGCUUCCAGCGGCUUCUCGUCGCGACGCUCCAGCCAGGACGGAUUCCAUCUGGAAGACCUGUCUCCAGUCCAACAGCAGCUGUCCGAUAUCAACAACCGCUACGGCCUGCUGGGCAGUAAGCUGUCGGACCGCCAAGCGGAAAUAGACUCUAUCAGGGAGGAAAUAAAGAAGCAUCUUGACAACUUGCGCACACUCAACAACUUCCUAGACAAGGUUCAAAGACAAAUGCCCAAGGAGUCCAUUCCCAAUACGAAGGAAGAAGCCGACAAGACGAUCAAACAAGCACGCGCAGUGCUCGAAGAGAUGUACGAGAAGCAGAGCCUGCUAGAUUCCACCAAGACUCAGGUCCGUGAGCUUCUGAAGCGCAAGCAGGGAGUGCAAGGGGCCGAUCGUCUGCACGACGAGAUGGAGGACAUCGCCUCCCGCUGGAAGUCGCUCCACGAUGCCUUCAAAGACAAGAUCCGCCUAAUGGAGGAGAUGAAGGACUUCCACGACACCAGCACCAACCUGUCCCAGUGGCUGAGCGCCAAAGAGCGAAUGAUGGCAGCCCUGGGCCCCAUCUCUUCGGACUCCAGGAUGGUGCAAACACAAGUGCAGCAAGUGCAGGUGCUGCGCGAGGAGUUCCGCGGGCAGCAGCCGCAGCUGAGCCACCUGCAGGAGGUGGGCGCCGCGGCGCUGCAGCGGCUGCGCCACGACUCGCCCGAUGCUCAAGCGCUGCAGGCGCACGUGCGCCGCCUCACCGACCACUGGGACGCGCUGCUCGCACAACUGGAGCGGCGCGCCGAGAGCCUGGGCGCGGCGGCCGACACGUGCCGCGAGCUGGACGCGGGCCUGGCGCGGCUGCGGGGCGCGCUGCAGGCCAUCGCCGAGCGCCUGGACGCCGCGCCGCAACACCCCGCCGACGAGCGGCUGCGCUGCGUGCAGAACCUGGAGAGGCAGCUGGAGGGGCAGCGGCCGCUGCUGGCGGACCUGGAGGCGGCUGGCGAAGCGCUGGGCGCCGUGCUGGGAGAGUCUUCGGCGCGCCAGGACGUCGCUAGCAAGUUGGCCGGCGCGGUGCGCCACUUCGACGCGCUGCAACGGCGCCUCGACAUGGCUAAAGCUGAAGCGGAGGCCGCCCUCAGGGACGGCCGCAACCUGGAGGAGAGCGUGGCCAAGACCCUGGGCUGGCUGCAGACGGAGCUGGCGGCGUUGCCGGCCAGGCUGCAGGUGUCCGCCGCCAAGGCGCGGCUGCAGCAGCAGCUGGAGCGACACGAGCCGCUCUACAGGGACCUCACGAGGCGGGAGCAUGAGAUCAUCAUGCUGCUCGACAAAGGCCGCGAGAUGGAGAAGAAACCUUCGCACCAAGGCUUGCGCAAGGACCUGGACAGGAUCCAGACACAAUGGGACAAACUCAAGCGGGAGACGGUGGACAGAUACAACCGUCUGCAAACCGCUAUGGAACACUGCCGCAAGUACGGCAAAGCUCAGGAAUCCUUCCUGCCGUGGCUGGCGGAGGCCGAGGAGCGUCUGGAGAAGCUGCCACCGGCCGCCUUCACCAAGAAGGAGGUGGAGAAGCAGCUGCGCGAGCUGCAGCAGAUCAGGAACGACAUCUGGAAGAGGUCCGGAGAGUUCGAAAACAACAAGACCCUCGGCGAAACGUUCAUCUCGUCGUGCGACGUGGACCAGGAAGUUGUCAGGAAACAGAUAGACGGCAUGAAGGAGACAUGGGACAAGAUAAACAACCACGUGCUGCAGCAGGCGGAGUUCCUGGAGGGCGUGGCGCGGCUGCUGGCCGAGUGGGGCGAGCGCGUGCGCGCCGUCGAGGCGCCGCUGGCGCGCUGCGAGGAGCGGCUCGCCGCGCUCCAAGCGCAGCCCACGCAGCCCGCGCGCCGCGCGCUCGACGCCGCCGCGCGCCUCGCCGACCAGCUGCACGCGCUCCAAGCGCCGCUGCAGGUGACCCUCCUCCCCUCCCCCCGCUCCCUCCGCACCGCCUCGUUCUGCGCCCCUCGUAAAGCAUGG